GGUGGGCUGGUUUAAAGGGACUAUGACGUCACCCCCUUUGAAUGCCCCCUCCUUUGUGAAGGGAUGCUGAUUCCCAGCCAGUGUGCUAGUCCUAGUAGAUUAUGUCAUUUACAAAAUUAGGGGGUGUCUCCAAUCACCCCCAAACUUAAUGAACAGGCACUAGAUCCUUGUCCCUAACCUCCCAAUCAUGGACAUUCUUCCCUGCUAACCCCCUCCCCCACCCUCUGCUAUCCUCUUUCCUAUAGCCAAAAUCCUUACACAUCCUAUUUCCUUCCUCCUUUUGUAUUUUUACCAUCCCUGAUUUUUUUUCCUUCUUCCCAACAGUGGGGGGAGGGAGAUAUUAAAUGAAUAAACAUCAAUAAGAAAACCUUGGAGAGUGUAUAGGGCAAACAAAGAAGAAGGGGGGUUCUGGCCAUAAAAGAACUACAAUCUAUAGGGUCUGCUUUAAUUAAUGGGAUUCUGAGACCUCCACCCCCCACUCCCCCUCCUCUGUUUCUUCUUCUCUUUCUCUCCUGUCUCAGUGUGACAGUCUCAGCCUUUCAGGACAUGAUGGCUGGUGGAUCCCUCCACCAGAAUGCUUCUUAUCCACCUUCACAACAUCAACAAACCCCACAGAUGGAGGCAGAAACCACCGACUCCAGGAAAAGACCCUUAGAGACCCCAACAGAGGCUACCAGUACCAAGAGGUCCAACACAGCAGAAGAAGGUGAGCUUUUCCUCAAGGUUCUGAUCCCCAGCUAUGCCGCCGGUUCCAUAAUCGGGAAGGGUGGUCAGACCAUUGUCCAACUGCAGAGAGAGACGGGGGCCACCAUCAAGCUGUCCAAGUCAAAGGACUUCUACCCAGGCACAACAGAGAGGGUAUGUCUGGUGCAAGGACCAGCUGAGGCUCUGCUAUCUGUGCACAGCUUUAUUGCAGACAAAAUACGGGAGGUGCCACAAGGAGCAGCCAAAACAGACAUUGGGGUCCUUAUGCCCCCCCAGACCACCGUCAAUGUGGAGCGUGCCAAACAGGCCAAGCUGAUCGUUCCAAACACAACAGCUGGGCUGAUCAUUGGCAAGGGUGGUGCCACUGUUCGAAGCAUCAUGGAAGAAUCAGGGGCCUGGGUACAGCUUUCACAGAAGCCAGCAGGGCCCAAUCUCCAUGAACGUGUUGUGACAGUGAGUGGGGAAGCCAGUCAGGUCCAAAGCGCCGUGCGCAGCAUUAUCAACAAGGCCAAAGAGGAUCCCCCGCAAGGAAAUGCCCACCUCAACAUCAGCUACACUAACUCGCAAGGUCCCGUGGCCAAUUCCAACCCCACAGGCUCACCUUACGCUGGUGGAACAGCAGAGCCAACUCUUUCACCUUUCCCAGUCGCAUCUCCGGCUCCACCAGCCAUCACUGGAGGAGAUCUCUUGGCAAUUUCCACUGCCCUCAACACCCUGGCAAGCUAUGGUUACAGCACAGGCUUGGGCUUCAACCCACUGGUAGGGAGUGUACACCCUGCUGCCGUGAGCCUGCUUACAUCCUACGGUAGUGAGGCAGCACCAUCUCUGGGGCUGGGAGGUGGAGGUAUUCUGAUGGAUAAACUGGCAGCAGAGAGUGUAGCAGGCAAGGAGACAUUAGAGAUGGCAGUCCCAGAGACUUUGGUAGGUGCUAUCCUGGGCAAGGGUGGGAAAACUUUGGUUGAGUAUCAAGAGCUGACGGGAGCUCGCAUUCAGAUAUCAAAGAAGGGGGAGUUUGUGCCAGGUACAAGAAGCCGGAAGGUGACUAUCACAGGACCACCAGGAGCCACGCAGGCGGCACAGUAUUUGAUUGGUCAGCGUGUGGCUUAUGAGCAGGGGGUAAGGUCCAGCAACCCUCAAAAAGUGGGCUAAUUUGAAAUGAGGGAUGGGGGAGAAAGGUUGGUGAAUGUGGGAGAGAGGAGGGUAUAAAGAGGGGGGUGAGUUUGGCACCUCUGAUGUUGGAAAACAGAUGGAGGAGCCAGGGUUGUAAGAAGGGACAGUUUUUGGUGUAUUUUGCUAGGAACUGACUUGUGCAUGUAGAGGCUAUAAAUGAAAUACCAAGUACCAACUAUAGGACAGGAGGGGGUAAGGGUCACAAAGCUUGGCACCACUGGCAGUCAGGCUGGUGGAGCUAAGCCUAGCUGUGGAUGGAAGACAGAACCUAACUCCUGUACUACUUAUUAGCUGAGAUUAUAAUGUGUUAUUUCCACCCUUUAAUAAUGUGAAGAAAAAAAACAGAUUUUUUUUUUAAACCGACAUAUCAGAAAUAGCAAUAAGAGCAAAGUUUGCACUGGAAUUAGUUGUCCGUACCCUAGCUGGAGGACUCAGACAGAGAGGGGCAUGCUUAGUGUGACACACUGGCAGAGAGCAGAAUCAAAAUCUCACCUGCUCUGUGAUGUCAUUUUCCAGGAAAACCAGACAGUGCAAUAGAGGGACAUUAGGGACUGGGGGGACCCAUACCCGGUUACACAACUCAUAACUACUAUUAGGUUAAAGGAGAGCAACUAAAUCAACCGACUGAGGCAGAGGAAAGCUCAAAACUAGUCCUCCCGCUCCAGAAAAGCAUCUCAGAUAAGGUCUGGUACUCCGGCUUGCUCUAAUUGCAUCACCAAUGACAUCAUCACAUCUUCAUACCCUCUCAUAAAUUCAUUUCCCUUGAGCCCACAAAUAUGUGCCAAACUUUACAUUUUUUACCUCUAAAAUGAGUGCCAAAACCAUUCUCCACUCCCACAUUUCGAGUUUACCAUAGAGUCCUGCAUGUCACCUCCGCAAGCUAGAUUGUCUACAUCUAGAGCUACUGUGAACCAUUUUACUGCUUUGUAGCUGCUUAUAUAUUUUGGGUCCAGGUUUGCAAGUUAAGAUCACAGAGAAAGUUGCCAGGGUCACACAUUUCUAUUCUGAGUUGAAACUAGCCAAAUGUCUUGCAAAUUAGUACUUAGGUGUAAAAACUACUGAUUUGGGUCAUAAAUCCGAGCUUAUACAUUUUAGGUCAUAUAUAGCAUAGCAUAUAUGGGAAUAUAGGGGAUGUGUUAGGAUCUUUUUUGAUUUGAGUAGUAUUCUGUGCACAUAAAAAGAGGGGAGCAGGAAUAGCAAGGUUCUUGAAAACGACAAACGGAUCCAGAAGAAGGCAUUGCUAUUCCUGCCUAGAACCUCAAACCCACGCAUACACCUUUGUAUAACGCCAGAGCGCCCUGUCUAUGCUGACUGUGCCAAACACUGCCUGGGUAUCAGAGGUGAUUGUGUGUAGACUCCUAAAAUGUCACUGUAUAGAUAAACACAACAGUAUUUAUAUUAUAAA